CUCACUGGGGCAAUCUGCUGCAUCGCCUGAGAUCGUGGAGGAGGGGCCGGAAGCACCUGGCAGGGACGCGGGGUAAAUGUCAAGUCCAAGCUCUUCCGCACAGAAACUGCACGAUGCUAGCUGGCAGCCGGCGAGAACGAGGUCGGGCCUCAGAGCUCCGCUGUCCUCAGUCUUCCUCGCGGGGCCGGCUGGUUCUCCCACAGCUCUGUGCAGAAGCCGGGGCGCCGCUUAAGUAAAAGGCCUUGGGGUUCUGAGUCCCAACCGCCGCGUCCUGUGAAGACGGACUCAGCCCGACCGCCUAUCGGGGAAGUGGGGCCGUUAGUCCCCGCCUCACGGGUGGGGAAAUCGCGAGGAGGGACGAGAGCGCUGCGAGCCGGGGAGCAUCAUUUUCCUCCGCGGACCGUUUGUUUUCUGGCCAGAAGCGUCUUCCUUCUUUUCUGUUCUUGGGAAUUUAGAGCGGCCCCUUGGCCACUGGGGCCGUACCUCCCGCGGCUGGGGGCGUACCCGGAAGUGCCUCUACGGAAGCCGGCCGGAAGGCGCGGCGCUUUACCAUGGCGACGGCCGGAGCGUCCCCGCGCUUCUACCGCUGCGCCUGCUUCUGCUCCGAGAACCUGUAUGUGGCGCGCUACGGGCUGCACCUGCGCUUCCGGGGCGAAGAGCAGCUGCGCCGGGACUACGGCCCGAUCCUGCGCAGCCGAGGCUGUGUCAGCACCAAGGACUUCCAGGAGCUGCUGGCAGAGCUCCAGCAGGAGGUGGAGCGACGGCGGCGGCUGGGGCAGGAGUCCGCUGCUAGGAAAGCCCUCAUCGCAAGCUCCUACCACCCGGCACGGCCCGAGGUCUACAACUCGCUGCAGGAUGCAGCUCUGGCUCCCGAGUUUCUGGCCGUGGCUCAGUAUACCACAUCCCCGGGUGCAGACCUCAAGGGCCUUCUCCAGCGGCUGGAGACAGUGUCAGAGGAGAAGCGCAUCUAUCGGGUGCCUGUGUUCACGGCCCCAUUCUGCCAGGCCCUGCUGGAGGAGCUGGACCACUUCGAGCAGUCGGACAUGCCCAAGGGAAGGCCUAACACCAUGAACAACUAUGGGGUGCUGCUAUACGAGCUGGGGCUGGAUGAGCCUCUGGUGACGCCGCUGCGGGAGCGCUUCCUGCAGCCGCUGAUGGCCCUGCUGUACCCAGACUGCGGCGGGGGCCAGCUUGACAGCCACCGUGCCUUCGUGGUCAAGUAUGCACCGGGCCAGGACCGUGAGCUGGGCUGCCACUAUGAUAAUGCCGAGCUCACCCUCAACGUGGCCCUGGGCAAGGCCUUUACAGGGGGUGCCCUCUAUUUCGGGGGCUUCUUCCAGGCACCUGCAGCCCAAACGGAGCCCCUGGAGGUAGAGCACGUGGUGGGCCAGGGUGUCCUGCACCGAGGUGGCCAGCUGCAUGGUGCCCGGCCCCUGGGCACCGGUGAGCGCUGGAACCUGGUCAUCUGGCUCCGGGCCUCUGCUGUGCGCAACCGCCUCUGUCCCAUGUGCUGCCGCGAACCUGACCUGGUGGACGACGAGGGCUUUGGGGAUGGCUUCACCCGAGAGGAGCCUGCCACGGUGGACGUGUGUGCACUGACCUGAGCCUGGUUCCACCCUGUGUGGGAGAGGGCGUGGCAGAUGAGGGCAGAAAUAAACUCCCCGCAGGCCACUGCACUUGUUGGUUCAAAAGGA